CGCCUUAAACCACAACAGCCUGGUUUGAUCACCUUACAACCUGCGUGAUCUGCAUUUUCAGACGCUGUAGAGUAAUUUAGAGGCUUAAUCAGAGUGACACAACUUUAACCAAAAUCAUUGGUUUUGUGUGGAGACGAAUGUAAAUUCGACGGUAAACACCACAUAUUCCAGCACAGGAUUAAUCUUUUUUAAACAGCCUUUACAUCCACUGUAACGGCCUUUCAGUGUGGACAAGAACUUGUUAACAGUUGAGCUAGCUAGUGUUAAGACAUUCGAAAUCCUUCAGUAUGUCAGCCAUGGAUCAGAGUCAGCCGCCAACAAAUUUAUUUGGAGGAGCAAUGUCCGCUGUAUUCCCUCCAGAUGCUCAAGACAUGAGUAAAUUUAGGGAAAUCCCAGACCAUCAAGAGGUCUUCACACACUCCACUACUGAUCAGAGUAUCAUUAUAGAAAUCCUGGAGUAUGUUCAAGAGCCUGAUGAUGUUGCUCUCAAGACACACUACGACGACUUGGUACGAGACAAUGAAGUGAGUGAGGGUGAUCAUGUGAUCCUGGAAGCAGAAGAGAUACCUGUCCAUAAGCUAGCUAUGUCACAGUGUGAAAGUGCCCGUUAUGUCCUUGGGCAACAGAAAGUCUCGAAGUUUAAGGAAGAUUCUAAGAAUACAAUUAACAUACACAUGGGUUUGUUCCGGAUCCCGGAAUUCACCUCCGACAUUCUUGUGACCUUCAAUGACCCUGUCAUGAUAAGUUUUUUGAGCAGCAGUAAUCAGGCUGUUCCAACUAAUUCUAAUCGCUGGACCGUGGAAAAGUUUCAGAAGCUCUUAACUUCGUUGACCAUCAACGAUACUGGACUGUUUGGAGCUGAAUAAACUGACUUUUCUCAUGAAUAAAGUCAGUCACUAAGCGCCUAGCGGAUGUUUCACUCAAAUCAUUAACGAUAAUGAUGGGAACUUCUGGGAAGGGACCAGGGCAAGUAGGUUCAUGAGCAGAUAUAGGAUGGGAAGGUGCUGUACACUACAUGUAUGCCCAUGCAGGUGACUUUAGAAACUUGGGAUCUUUGAGAUACAUAAUAUACCCAUAUCUAAGGGAAGCUUGCAACCCACUACUAGAGUAUGUAGAAGCAGUCUGUCCACACAUGGGUAUGUGGAGCCAUCUACCUGUAAAUAGUUUGGGAUAAAGCCAUCCAUCUACAAAAGGGUAUGUUGAAACCAUCUACCCACUACAAGGAUACAUUGGAAGGACAGAUCAAAACAAAUAUGUUUUGGAGGAAUUUUUCAACAAUCAAUUUCCUAUAGAGAUAGGAAGGACAGAUGAACGGACCCACAACCAGUGUACUAAGGAGGGAUUUUACCACAACAAACCCUAUAGGGAUAGAAAGGAUGGAUGAACACACACAACCAGGGUACUGUGGAGGGAUUUUUCAGCAACUAAUUCCCUAUAGGGAUAGGAAGGACAGAUGAACAGACCCACAACCAGUGUACUAAGGAGGGAUUUUACCACAACAAACCCUAUAGGGAUAGGAAGGACGGACGAACAGACACACAACCAGGGAUAUUAUGGAGGGAUUUUUCAUAACUUAAAACUAUAGAGAUAGGAAGGUCGCAUGAACGGACACACAACAAGGGUACUUUGGAGGGAUUUGUCCACAACUAAUAUCCUAUAGAGAUAGGAAGAUCGGAUGAACAGACCCACAACCACGGUACUUUUGAGGGUUUUGCCCACAACAAACCUUAUGGAGAUAGGAAGGUCACAUGAACAGACUCACAACAAGGGUACUUUGGAGGGAUUUGCCCACAACUAAUUUCCUAUAGAGAUAGGAAGGACAAAUGAACAGACCUACAACCAGCAUUCUUUGAAGUGGGGGGAUCCUAAUUUAAUUUAAUUCCCAAUAUAAAGAAGGGCAGACGGAUGGACAAACAGUCAGGAUACUUCGGAGGGAUUUCUCCACAACCAUGGAACUGUAGAAUCACCUAUGGAUGCAGUGUGGGUUCUUCAGAGGGAAAUGAUCAGCAAAUUCUCCUACAAAUGAUUCCUUAAUUUCUUGUCAUUUCCUUUUUUAAUUGCUCCUAAUCUUCACAACAGUUGAAUUACAGAAUUAAGGGAUGUCAUACACAUACAUUGUAUAACAAAAGUACAGAUUUUCAUAUGCCAGAUCACCAUAAGGACCCAUUAACACAUAUUUAAUUAUAUAACAAAUAUAAUUUGGGUUUUUUUUUUAAAGAUUUAUUUUUGAAGAUUUAACAAAUGUAUCAGAACUUGUCUCAAAAUAAUUAUUUGUAAUAUCUAUAAAUAUUUCAUUUUAAAAUGUCAAUAUUUACUUCAGCAACAGGUGCAGUUCUACAGAGGUAACUUAGCACUGUAAUUUUACAAUAAAAUCAAACAUAGUAGACAUAUUUCUGAACAUUUUCUUUAGGUUGGUAAUGUCAAUAGAAUAAAAGUUCUGAUAACACAACCGGUAGAAGAUUAGAGUGAGAUGUUUCGAUGACUACACUGUCUAACUAGUGUGGAGCGUACUAACACUGACGUACAUAGUUUACAAGAUAGUAAGGUAGUACGUCAGUGCUAGUACGCAGCACACUGGUCAUUUGUCUGAUGGAGAUGACAGUGAAGUCAUCAAAACAUCACUCUCUAAUCUUCUGCUGGUUGUAUUAGAAGAGCUUCUAUUCUGUAGUAAACAUAUCUCUGUGUGUUCAGGGCUCACCCUGAACCAAAAUUAUCGGGUGCGCUCAACUGUGACGGCACUGCCUCUGCCGCAGGGCCCCCGGAUUAUGUAAGCGUGUCAGCUAGUAGGCCUACAAUACACACGUGGACACGAAAGUACACCGACUUCACAGAGCGCUUUUGUGGGCUUUAUUAUCGUAUUGUUAGGGUUUUUUUAAAGAAAAAAACACAGUAGCCAAUUUAGUAGCCACUUUGUAUUUUGAGUAGCCAAUUGAAAAUAAAAGUAGUCAAUGGCUACUUUGGCUACCGACAGCGUGAGCCCUGGUGUUGAAAGCAGACAAAAGUACAAUACAUGAAUCAUUCUAUGAAAAAUAUGUAAAUCACUUACAUGGACAAAUAAGUUAAGAUAUCAAGAUUGAAUAAUUUUGGUUUAUUAUGGCAAUUACUGUUGUUUGUGUAUGUUUGAUAAAUAAAUUGGAAAAUAAAGACAAUGGAAAUCCCAACAAA